GUCCAACGGGCCAACCCCUGAGCUAGAACAAGCUCUCGAAGCCUCGUGGAACUUGCAACCUCUUGUCCCAGACCGCAACUCUCCCUUGUACACACCAGACCACACUGCAGACAUGGCCACAGAACGAUCCCGCUGCGGCGUCACCAACACAAAGGCGCCUGCCAGCAUGUACAUGGACCUCAGCGGCCCGCCCGUCUACCGCGCCACGACGACCGCGCCCGUCAACAUUGCCGUCGUCAAGUACUGGGGCAAGCGCGAUCCCAAGCUCAACCUGGCCACCAACCCGUCGCUGUCCGUCACCCUCUCCCAGGACGACCUGCGCACCCUCACCACCGCCUCGUGCUCCGCAAAGUACCCCAAGGAGGACACCCUCACCCUCAACGGCCAGCCUUCCGACAUCAGCGGUGCCCGCACCCAGGCCUGCAUUCGCGAGCUGCGUGCUCUGCGUGAGGGCCUCGAGAAGGCCGAUCCUUCGCUCCCCAAGCUCGCCGAGCUGCCCCUGCGCAUCGUCACCGAGAACAACUUCCCCACCGCUGCUGGUCUCGCCUCCUCCGCGGCCGGAUUUGCCGCCCUCGUCCGGGCCAUCGCGGACCUCUACAAGCUCCCCAACGACCCGACCGAGCUCUCCAUCAUUGCCCGCCAGGGCAGCGGCUCGGCCUGCCGCAGUCUGUUCGGUGGCUAUGUGGCCUGGCGUGAUGGCACGCAGGAGGAUGGGCUCGACUCCAAGGCCGUCGAGGUCGCCCCGGCGUCGCACUGGCCGCAGAUGCGCGCCCUGAUCCUCGUCGCCUCGGCUGCCAAGAAGGGCGUCAGCUCGACGUCCGGCAUGCAGCAGACGGUCGCCACGUCUGGCCUCUUCAAGCAGCGCGUCGCCGAGGUCGUGCCCAAGCACAUGGCCACCAUCGAGGAGGCCAUUGCCAAGCGUGACUUUGCCACCUUCGCCGAGGUCACCAUGCGCGAUUCCAACUCGUUCCACGCCACCUGCGCCGACACGUACCCGCCCAUCUUCUACAUGAACGACACGUCGCGCGCUGCCGUGCGCGCUGUCGAGCAGAUCAACGAGAAGGCCGGCAAGACCGUCGCUGCGUACACCUUUGAUGCCGGCCCGAACGCCGUCAUCUACUUCCUCGAGGAGGACGCUGCGGCCGUGGUUGGAUCCUUCUACAGCAUCCUGAGCGCCACCGAGGGCUGGAAGGACGAGGCCAAGUCCCUGUCUUCGGACAUUGCGCUGGACGAGACUAUUGCUCAGAUCCUCAAGGCCGGCGUCAGCCGGGUGAUCCAAACUGGUGUCGGCGAGGGACCGGUCAAGUCUAACGAGCACCUUGUCGAGAUCAACGGCGAGGCUAUCAUCCGGUAGAGGGACCCUUAGAUUUAGCAACGCUUUGACUAUCGUAUGUAUAUAAUGUUAGUGAGCAACCAUUUAGCCAUAAGAUGGCCCGUCCUCGCAACCCAAAGCACAUGCAUACAAGGAGGGGUUCGUGGAUGUAGUGGAUCUGACAGCAUCGUCAAAAAGCAGCCGCAUCAACAACCUGAGGUGCAGUCUGACAUGGAACAUCACGAUGAAUUGCGAGUAGAACACUGCCCGUCC